AUGCCUCGUGCCAGUACACUGCUGCUUCUGCUCCUCCUCGUCACUGUCUUUGCCGCGAUCUUGAUCGCCUCUGAAUCCAUCGGCGAUGGAAGCCAGCAGGUCUACAUCGUGUACCUGGGGCAUCUACCGGCCAGCAUGGAUGCGUCAGAACCUGAAGGUUUCUCUGCUGUAGAAUUUGCUCAUCACGACCUGUUGAAUCAGGUCCUCGACGACGGCAGCUCUGCUUCGGACAGGAUUCUCCGUAGUUACAAGAGAAGCUUAAAUGGCUUUGCCGCCAAGCUAAGCAAAGAAGAGGCAGAUAAACUGUCUGGCAUGAAUGGCGUUGUCUCGGUCUUCCCAAGUAGGACCCUCGAUCUUUUGACCACAAGAUCCUGGGACUUCCUUGGCUUCCCUCAAACGCCCAUUGAAGAACUACGAUUGGAGGGAGACGUCAUCAUUGGUAUGCUCGACACCGGUAUAUGGCCUGACUCGCCAUCCUUCUCCGACGAAGGCUUUGGCCCACCACCGAGCAAGUGGAAGGGUACAUGCCACAACUUCACGUGCAACAAUAAAAUCAUCGGAGCACGCGCCUACGACGGAGGAUCCAGCAGCUCUGGCCAGUCGCCACUGGACGAAGACGGUCACGGCAGCCACACGGCAUCCACUGCGGCCGGGCGUGCGGUGGCCAACGCCAGCUUGUAUGGCUUGGCUGCCGGCACAGCUCGUGGCGCUGUGCCUGGUGCCAGGCUCGCCAUCUACAAGGUUUGCUGUGGCGAGGCCGACAUCCUCGCGGGGUUCGACGACGCCAUCGCCGACGGUGUGGACGUGAUCUCCAUCUCCAUCGGGAGCCCCUUCGCGUUUGAGUACUUCAGCGACGUGAUAGCCAUCGGCUCCUUCCACGCCAUGAGGCGUGGGGUGCUCACGUCCGCAUCGGCCGGGAACUCGGGGCUGGACGGCUUAACCGUUUGCAACGUCGCGCCGUGGUUGCUGUCUGUGGCGGCGAGCAGCAUCGAUCGCCGAUUCAUCGACAAGAUUGUUCUUGGCAACGGCAAGACCAUAGUGGGAGACUCCAUUAACACCUUCCCAAAGCUGUCAAAUGCCACGCUUGCAAUCCCCGCCAACGGGUCCUGUGAUCCAGAUAACCUCGCCGGAGGUUCAUACACAGGCAAGAUCGUCCUCUGCCAGAGGGCCGUGGAAAACGACGGCUCGGGUCCUCUCUUGGUCGGUGCAGCAGGCGUAGUCAUAGUCAGCGGAAUACCCGAUGUGGCCUUUACUCUGCCUCUCCCCGGUCUGACGGUAACUAGGGAUGACUUCAACCAAAUCAUGGCCUAUGUCAACAGUACAAGUAAUCCUGUGGGUACCAUAGACACCACCGAGACAACAGUCAAUCCACAAGCUCCGGUAGCCGCCUCGUUCUCUUCUCCAGGCCCCAACGUGGUCACCCCUGAUAUCUUGAAGCCUGAUCUGUCUGCACCGGGGAUUGACAUCAUAGCCUCAUGGUCGCUGCUGUCAUCGCCUACGGGCAUUGCCAACGACACAAGGAAGGUUCAGUACAACAUCAUCUCCGGCACAUCCAUGGCAUGCCCACACGCGAGCGGAGCCGCUGCAUACGUCAAGUCAUUCCACCGUGACUGGUCACCGGCGAUGAUCAUGUCGGCUCUCAUCACCACCGCCACUCCGAUGGACACUCCGGCCAACUCCAACACCAGCGCCCUCAAGUACGGCGCCGGGCAGCUCAACCCAGUAAAGGCGCAUGACCCAGGACUCGUGUACGACGCAUCGGAGAGCGACUACGUGGCUAUGCUGUGCGCGCAGGGCUACAACGCCACGCAGCUCGCGCUCAUCACCGGCUCCAACACCACGGCUUGCAACAACAGCUCGAUGUCCAGCUCUCCCCGCGACCUCAACUACCCGACCAUGGCGGCCAGUGUGGAGCCGGGGAAGAACUUCACCGUGGUCUUCCCGCGGACCGUCACUAACGUCGGGGCCGCAAGCGCCGUUUACGACCUCAGGUUCGAGUUUCCUAUUGAUCAGGCGGACAAUGUCCUCACUGCUGAAGUUUCACCGAGCGAGCUAGAGUUUAGCGAGCAGAACCAGAAGGUCUCAUUCACGGUGACCGUGUCCGGCGUGGCGCCGGAGGAGGGCCAGGUCUACUCUUUCACCAUCGUGUGGUACAACAACGAACAUAAGGUGAGCAGCCCAGUGGUGGUGUACACAAUGAGACAGUGA